AUGGCGUCUCUAAAAGAUAUCGGAGACACCCUCAGCAAGGGCAAGUCAUACGUCAUGCAUUCACAGGGCGACAAGAUUUCCGACCUCGCGAGGAAUACGGUGACCCCAGACGACAAGGGAAGACAGACUACAGACGCCGGUGUCAGGAUCACCAACCCUGAUGACUGGCUGCGCGUCACCAGCAACGACCAAAUAGGCCCUUCGUUGCUUGAGGACCAGAUCGCUCGUGAGAAAAUCCACAGGUUCGAUCAUGAGCGCAUCCCCGAGAGAGUGGUGCACGCCCGCGGCACUGCUGCACACGGAAAGUUCACUUUGCACAAGAGCAUCGAGCAUUUGACCACAGCCGGCGUGCUCACAGACACAUCGCGUGAGACACCCGUCUUCUUGCGCUUCUCCACCGUUUUGGGCAGCCGAGGAAGCGCCGAUACGGUCCGUGAUGUUCGCGGUUUCGCCGUCAAGUUCUACACGCCCGAAGGCAACUGGGACAUUGUCGGAAACAACAUCCCAGUCUUCUUCAUUCAGGACUCGAUGAAGUUUCCUGAUGUCAUCCACGCCGGCAAGCCCGAGCCAGACAACGAGGUCCCGCAAGCCCAGUCUGCACACAACAACUUCUGGGACUUUAUGUACCAGCACUCUGAGGCCACCCACAUGUUCAUGUGGGCCAUGUCGGACCGCACCAUCCCUAGGUCGUACCGCAUGAUGCAAGGUUUUGGUGUCAAUACCUACACUCUCAUCAACGCCAAGGGAGAGCGACACUUUGUCAAGUUCCACUUCACCCCGGAGCUUGGUGUGCACAGCUUGGUCUGGGACGAGGCCCUUAAGCUUGCCGGUCAGGACCCUGACUUCCACCGCAAGGACCUGAUGGAGGCCAUCGCAAACGGUGCCUUCCCACGCUGGAAGUUUGGUGUUCAGGUUCUUCCCGAGUCGCGCGAGCACGAGUUUGACUUUGACAUCCUCGAUGCCACCAAGGUUUGGCCGGAGGACCUGAUCCCCGUCGACUACAUCGGAACGCUCGAGCUCAACCGCAACAUCGACGAGUUCUUCCCGGAGACGGAGCAGGUUGCCUACUGCACUAGCCACGUCGUGCCUGGCAUCGGCUUUUCGGACGACCCGCUGCUGCAGGGUCGCAACUUCAGCUAUUUCGAUACGCAGAUUUCGCGUCUUGGCAUCAACUGGGAGGAGCUGCCCAUCAACAGGCCAGUCUGCCCAGUUCUCAGCUUCAACCGUGACGGCCAGAGCCGCCACACCAUCACCAAGGGCAAGGUCAACUAUUGGCCUAACCGGUUCGGUGUGAAUCCGCCAGCCGAUGGUGUGAAGGAGGGCGGAUAUGUCGAGCACGCCUCCAAGAUCCAGGGUAUCAAGGCACGCACCAAGAGUGCCAAGUUCCUCGACCACAUCUCGCAGGCGCAGCUUUUCUUCAACAGCAUGUCAGAUGUCGAGAAGCGCCACAUGCUGGCCGCCUUCUCCUUUGAGCUUGACCACUGCGAGGAGGAGGUUGUGUACAACAACCUUGUCUCCCGCCUCACUGAGAUUGACAUCGGUCUCGCACAGCAGGUAGCCGAGAUGGUCGGUGCUCAAAUCCCGGACAAGGCGACCAAGGAAAACAAGGGUAUCAAGGCCAAGGGCUUGAGCCAGUUUGAUUUCUUGCCCGAGAAUCCCACCGUCGCUUCACGUAAGGUUGCCAUCCUGAUCGCCGACGGCUAUGACUCGGUUCAGUUGCGCGCUGUCAAGGCCGCCCUCACAGCUGCUCAAGCUAUUCCGCUGGUGAUCGCGCCCCGACGUUCGCCCAUCUACGCUGCUGGCGAGACCAAGGGCUCCAGCGGUGCCGGCCUCAAGCCGGACCACCACCUCGAGGGCUUCCGAAGCACCAUGGUCGACGCCGUUUAUGUGCCCGGUGGUGCUGAGUCAGUCAAGACGUUGUCAAAGAACGGACGUGCCUUGCAUUACAUUCGCGAGGCAUUUGGUCAUUUGAAGGCCAUUGGAGCAUCGGGCGAGGGUGUGGAUCUCGUCAAGUUGGCUGUGACGCUUCCAGAAGUCACUGUUUCGAGCGCAGACGUGAUGGAGUCUUACGGUGUGGUCACUGUCAGGAACGUCCAAGCUGACAGCUUGAAGGAGGUUGUUGACCUGGCAAAGGGUGGAAAGGACUUUUUGGAUCAGUUCUUCCACAGCAUUGCUAUGCACAGGAACUGGGCACGAGAGGCGGAUGGAUUGAACUCCCAGGUGGCGUACUAA